ACAGCCUCCACCACGUGCUGGAGUUUAUUCACCACAUUGGCCUUAACAACGUCUCGGUACGUCAACGAGGGUACCACUCAUGGGGGUUCACUAAACUUAAGCGUGUCUACAACGCACUGCUGAUUCAGAUUACGAAUAAAAUGAUACUUAGCAAGCGAGACGUCAUGGAGGUGCUCAGAAUAAAUGACAAGUAUCUGCACUUCGAUGAGUGCCUCUUUGAGUACAUCGAUGGGACUAUAGCGAGCACCUUCGACACAUAUGAUGAGCAUGAGGUAGCGUACCUAUGUAGACAUUUGAAUAAAAUUUUAUUUUUCUUCGCUUUACAAAGUCAUGGGAUAAAGUAUGACCUGAAUGUGCACCGCUUGGUGAAGAGGUACGUAUGCAAAAGUUUGGUCUUUUCUCCUGAGCUGGGACAGCAGAGGUUGGAGGGGCAACUUGGAGUAUCUUCUCCCCAUGGGGAUGACGCAGUACCUGGUUGCUCGGAGGCCCCGCGCCGUUUACUUCUACACACGUUCAAAGAGCGAAUCAGGAAGAGCUCGCUCGUGAAGACACUCAACAAAGAGCUAAGCAAAAGCGCACACGAAUACAAAUACUACAACCUAGUGGAGUUACUCGAGUUCUACUCCCUUUUCGAAAUAAAAAAAAAGGAAAUGAUCAAAAGACUCAUAAACGAGGUCGACAAGUAUAUCAAUAUCAUGAGGUAUGCCUACCAUGCAAAGGCAUUGAUUUUAUUCAGUUUGAAUAGGAAACAGCUAGAUGAAGAAAAUAAAAAAAGCAUAAGACGCUUAAUCAGGAGAACAUCCCAAAUGCUCCACUUUUAUUGGCCUGUAGAGUUCAUCCUAGAGACAAUAAUUGCUUGUGCUUCUUUUAUGGACAAUAGUAACAAAACCAUUCGUAACUUAUUUUUAUACCUGAAGGGGAAUAUUAAAAAAUGUGUCCAUCCGGUACUGCUAGUCAACCUCCUAAAAUCGCUAGCUUCUACACAGAUUAGUGAAUGGACUGUAUGCAACCAAAUUUUGAACUACGUAAAGGAGAAGAAGGACACCAUCCACGAGGUUUAUGUGGUUCAGAUAUUGAAAUAUUUGUCUGUGUUAAAAUAUCCUAAUGAUGAGUUAUUUGUUUCCUUUUUAAUUUCAGAUGGGGAGGGGGGGUUGUCACGCGUGCAGGAAAGCCACGUGGUGACUCUCUUUCAAUUUUUCUCGGAACAUCUAAUUAAUUGCCCCUCCUUAGGAGAGUCCCUCACAAGGGAGACAUAUGCCUAUCUUCAUCAGGUUGCAAAAAACACUAUAAUGAAGCUCCCCGAGGAGUAUCUGAUUCACUGUGCAUUCUCUGUCUUGACAUACUACUUCGUGGAUAUUAUUUUAAACAAAAACAGGAAGAAUGUGGAUCUGUUGGAAAAAAUGAUGUUUAUUUUUGGACACAAAAUAAGGGCAGGAUUGAAUAUCCUAACGGAGGAGAAUGAAGAAAAAAAGGCCUCCUUUGAACUGCUGCACGUGAUAUCCGCAGUGCUAAAAAUGAUUUAUGAAAAAAUGGAGAGGAGGUUACCUGACGAGCUGUUCACUCUGUGCACACAUGUAGAGAAGCAUUUAACUGCAGUGGGGGGGGAGACAGGCAGAGGGGGGAGAGGUCAAAAAAUGGAAUCUGGAGAGGCGCAAAUGGGGGAACAGCGGACCGGCCAAACGGGGGAACAGAGGGACGACCCCACUACCACUAGAGAGUACCGAACAGAGGAGGCCGUCUACCAAAAUGAAAACGUGCGCACAUGCUUGAAGCCGUAUGAAGCGAUUCGGGAGUGGUUCCUGAACAACCAUAACUACGACGUGUCUUACGUGUCGGUGGCCGAUUGGGAGAGCAAAUAUAUGU